GCAUCUUUACCCUUUUAAGAGAAUGACAAAGCCUCAAUUAGGAUAUAAGAUACGUAUAUGGAAUGUUUUGAAGAAUUUGCACCACUUAUUUCUGUAUUAUAUAAAAUAUGCAGAUGAGAUAAUUAAUUUUUGAGAAUUAUCAGAAACACGAUACUAAAAAUAUUUACAUCUUUUCUCUUUGUUCUAUAUCUCAACCUACCUCACUUCACUCACUCACUCCAAAUUGAAGCUUAAAAGCAGUGAGUACCAACUUUCCUUCUGGUUCAAACCUUCUUCUCUAUCUCUUCCUUUGUUACACUGCAGAUUCAUUCUCUAAACCAAAAUCUCUUACCCUUCAUCAUCGAGAUAUGAAAGGCAUAGACAUCUUCUGUGCAUCACAGGCCUCAACAGCCAUAUGUCUUAGCAUGGAUGAACCCUCUUCUUCCAUUUCCAACACUGCUCAAUUUGGUGGCAGAGCCAUUGAUCGCCACAACCCCAUCAUCACAGAUCCAAGAAGAACACCUUCCAGAGACUUCAUUGUCCCCAGUUCUUCUCCUAAGCCCCACAUCGACUCCAAACCUCUGCAUGAUCAUCUCCCCAAGCCUAAGAAAAACUCCACUUCCAAGCCAAGUGGCCAGAAAAAGAAACAUGCAACAAAGGGUCUUGAUCAAAAGAAGAAAAGUAGUGUGGAAAAAUUGACUGAACACAUCACAAACAAUUACUCUUCAAAACCCAUUGAUAGUGUUCUGAGAAGGAGUUGGGCUAGGCCACCUACUGAUUUGAUCACCCCUCCUGGUUCCUCAAGAUAUUUGCUCAGUGACAUGCCUUCCUUCCAUGGUGGAUCAUCACUUUAUGAUCCUGUUCUGGCUUUAACUAACGUUGACAAGGAGAAAGCUCAAGUCCUUCAUCAUGAUAAACCCUCUUCUAGCUCCUCUCUUCCAAAAUCUGCUUCCUCAGACCAGGUUGUAGUUUUGAGGGUUUCUCUGCACUGCAAAGGUUGUGAAGGGAAGGUGAGAAAACAUCUCUCCAGAAUGCGAGGAGUAACAUCCUUCAACAUAGACUUUGCGGCAAAGAAGGUUACAGUGGUUGGUGAUGUGACUCCUUUGAGCGUAUUGGCAAGCAUAUCAAAGGUGAAGAAUGCACAAUUUUGGCCAGAACCUGUUUCAGUAGUUGGAUCCGGUUAUGCAGAAACAAAAAAAACAAAUUUUAUCUAACUCAUAUUGCCAUUAUUGUGCUGCUGCUUCUUUUUUUCAGUUAGAAUUUCAAGGUUCGAACUGGGUAGUAAUUUAAUUAGUGUAAAUACAAAUGUUAGAAAGUACUGUAACUUUGGCUUUGAAGAGAUAUUAGAGUUUAUUUGGAAGGAACCUUAGUUUUGUAUUGGUCUAAUUUCUGUUGAAAAAUUUUACUCUA